GUAUAAAAUCCGACACCUCUUCCCCCCGAACCUCACUGUCACAGUCACAGGUCUCUUCUUCUUCUUCUUCUUCUUCGCCGGAGAAGUAUCGUUUGGAUCAAUGUCGGGAAAUAUCGCCGGAGUUUGUAUGAUGAACACCGCUUGGAAGGAUGAACAGCAGCCUUCGCUCAUCGGUUUCAUUUCCGCGUUUCUCAGCGCCAAUUCGUUCCGCCUCAACUUUGUCUCGAUCGCUCCGGAUUUGAUCUUCAAUUGCGGAGGCGUAUCCGUGGCUUUCGUCUUCGUGACGAAAUGGGAUUACUCCAUUGUAGCCCCAAUCUUCAACAGAGUGAACAAGUUGAAGUCCCAAUUUGGAAAUCUCUACGUUGUUGUGACCCUUUCAAGUAAGGAGCAAAACGACUCUUUUGUCCGAUCCUACUUCCAAUACGGGAUGGAGAUUGGGAAACCAUCAUUUGUACCAGUCCUUGAUUCAGAGAUGGGGUUCGAAAAAAUCGUCAAGAUAGCUCACUCUCGUGGCGCUUGCAAACAGCAGGACGCCGCAUCAAAGCUCAAGGAUGAGAGAAAGCGUUCGGUGCAGGAUGUUGAGAUGUUCAUCCGAGUUAUGACCUCCAUACCCAGAAUCGAAAAACACGAUGCACACUCGCUGAACCAAGCCAUUGGUUCAAUAGAAGCAAUUGCCAAAGCAUCUAAAGAAGACAUUUUGGCGAACACCGACCUCUCUUCCGACAAGGCUGAGAUCCUCGCCAGAUUUUUCCGGGAUCCAAAGUUUUAUCUCAGUCCCAAGUUCAACUGACAGAACAAAACAUUAGUAAGAUCCCAAACACUUCGAUAUGUUUUGUCUAAUAUUAUCUCGUGUGACCUCUCCGUAGCUCUAAAUUUCCACUUCCAACUCGUCCCGUUGAAGAAGAAGAGGAUGAACAGAUUGUACAAGAGCAUGGCAAUGUCUAGAACUGAACCAUUGCGUCAGUCUCUGCAGGAACAAGACAAGGAAUGUCGUUCUCCUACAACGGCAUGCAUACAGCAAGUACAGGAACCGCCACUACAUGGCGAGACAUCGACUCUAUACCCUUUUACAAAUGCAAAAAACAAUUUGAGAAUUUGAAUGUGAAUUGACACUUUGCAUAAUCUGGAUUUUCCUAAAUUUCAAUCUUGGGUUAGAAUUUGUUGAA